AUUUUUCUUGUUCAUUUCAGUGAUCGACAUUUAGCAGAUCAUUUUAGAGGCAAACUUCAUUUAGGCUAUAUGCAAAUCCGUGAUAAACUAGCAGAGCUUCAGGUGCUGGUAUAAUGUUUCACAUUCUUCUAUAAAGAUUCUCAGUUAGUAUCAGCUGUGAGUUUUUCUGACCUUGGAGAAGAAUAUUAUGCCCCGUUUUCUAAUUUCUUUUGAUUGUUUGUAGAUGCUGGACUUGAAAACACAGCAUUUUCUACAUGUCUCUGCAUAUUCGGUUUAAAAUGCAUUAUGAAAUGUCUUGGUUCUCAACCAAUUUUGAUAGCUCAGUUUUGUCUGCUGAAAGCGGGAAAGAAAAUGUAAAAUAUGAAAUCAAAUUAGACAGAAAAAGUAGAAGAAAUGAUUUUGUUCGGGGCAUUUUAAGAAUAGAGGGAAAAAAGGGCUCUUAAAAUCUGAUGAUAAACCUGAUGGAUGUAAGGCCUGGUUUGGUCAAGGUAAGCUGCCUAUGGAUUAUGCUUACCAUUUAAUUCUGACCUAAUAGUCUCGUGGUAUGUUAUAUUUAGCUAAAUUGAGGAGGCAUUUAUAUUUUUAAAAGAAGCAUUCAGCAGCACCUCUUGUUAAUUAACUUUUAUCAGGAAGAGAGAAACAAGAGCUGCAAACUUGACCAAUAUGAUGAGAAGAGAUCAAAAGAAAGAAGUAGAGAUCAGGAGAGAGAAUCUAGUUGUGACCAAGACCAAGCUAAUAGUCGUGACCGAGGGAGGGAUUAUGAUUGAAGAAGCAGAGAUUGUGACUGGUACAAUGAUCAAGAACGUGGUAGGGAUUAUGACCGCCCUCAGACUUAUGAUUCUAGAAGUCACCGUAGGUCACGUUCAAGGUCACAUUCCAGGGAUUAUGAUUGUCACAGGUACAUUUUUCUCUUUGUUUAUGGUUUCUAAAGUUCAUUUUCACAUCUACUUGUGUAUGAGUCUCCUGCCAUUAUUGGUUCAUUUUUGUAAUUCUAUAUGUGUUUGUUUACGUGUCAAAUUGAUGCUUGUUUGGAUUAUAUGUAUGCUUCUGAUCAUAUUCUUCACUUAACUACCUGUAGGUAAUUUCAUUAUUUUCAAAAAGAUCUAACUACCUUAGGUAAGUUUUAUCAAAGUGGAAAUGCGGAAUAGAGGGUAUAGGUUAGAAAAGUUUUGAAUUGCUUGGUAGAAUGAUUUUCAAACAGGAUUUUGUUAAAGGUAGGGCUGUCAGAAGCCAUGCCUCUCUCAACAAGUUGAACUCAAAAUAAUAGUAACCCCAGUUUGUAUUUGGUUUCCUUUAGUUAAGUGAGUUGACUUAAACAUUAUAGUGCUUGGCCUGAGAAUUAGCCAUUCCAUGCUUGUUUAACAAUACAUCAUUAAUUUUGUUUUCUGAUGACUUUUUUAGCUUGUUGAAUUUGAAUUUGUGUUAAGUUAAUAUGCUAUUAGUUUUCUAGUGUAAAAUGUGCCAAAGCUGACUUUGUGAUGGGGUUUUCACCAUUGUUUUCAAAUUUCAUGCUGAACUCUAGCUAAUAUUUGAGUCCAAGAAGAAGCUGAGUGCAAUAUAAAGGCCAGGGACAAUCAAAUUUAAUAUAUUCAAGGAUUUGAGCAUCCUCUAUGGGCUAGAUUCUGUCAUGCAAGAAACUCUCACCUGACCCUCCACCUUCAUUUUUUGAUGUUAUAAGCUAAAUAAGCUAAUUAUAAUUGUUUCUACACUUAAAAAAUAGCCAAGACUAGUUCAUUUUGGGGUUUUAUGAUUCUUUUAAACCAACUUUGAGAGAAUAAAUGAGCUUGAGUUGGAGAUUGAGCUCAAGAUUUUAUGUUUGUCAAGCUUAAGCAUGGUAUUAGGUGAGUAUUGGAUUGAUUCACUCUAGAUAAAACUUAAAAAGUUAAAAGGGUUCACUUGGGUAAUUCUUAAAUGGGUGCCGAAAAAGGACCUUAACCAAAUGUAUUGGUGUAGAUAUGCAUGGGGAUAAGAGUUCUGUUAAAACAUAUAUAUAUAUAUAUAUAUAUAUAUUUUGAUCGGCUCUGUUAAAACAAAUAUUAAAUGCCAUGAUUGGUU